UGCGCCGAUGGCAGCCUUGCAGACUUUCCACCUCGCAGGCUAAUAAUAGUUUGCUUCGCUCCGUGUUCAGCCGAGCGUACCUAAUUGUCCAACGGCGCCGGUCAAGGAUUCAAAUCGCUGCUUACUCGUUUUAAAAAAUGGCUAGCGGCCAGGGAAAAUGAUUUAGCUCGGAUGUUUUGCCACAUAUCGAAUGCAGCCAAACAUAUAUCCAGAAGUUGUUGGAGUACCUAAAAGACUAGGAGCUGUGACUAGUAGUGUUGGCCUGCCCCCAUGAUUUGAAUGCUGAGAUGUCUGAAAACACUACUUGUCCAGGGUUUUUCUCCCGGCUGAUGUUCUCAUGGCUCAGUCAGGCUAUAGAUAAGGGGAACGAGCGACAAUUAGACAUUAUUGACUUGCCCGUAUUGGACGGUGUGGACUAUCAAUGCGAGAAUUUAACCAAGAGACUUGAACACUGUUGGCAGAGUGAAAAAGCUAGCGCCAAAAUUCACCAGAGGAAGACAAGUAUAUGGAACGCCGUAUUUCGUUUGUUUCCACUUCGGGAGUUCGAGCCAAUAAUUUUGCUCCAGUUUUUGUAUUCGAUUUCGCUGUGUGCAGUUCCAUUCUUGCUGUACUGCUUGUUGUUGGAGUUGUCCCUUCCUUUGCCUAGUAAGACUACAGCCUCGCUCUUGGUGGUAGGAAUGUGUGUUACUGCUUGGAUGAGAACGGUGUUCAUUUGCCAUAGAGACGCACUGACAAAUCGACUUACAAUCAGAACCAUGUCAGCAAUUUCAGGGAUGGUGUAUAGAAAGAUGAUUCGCCGGAGCAGCCGACACGUCACUUCCGGUCACGUGGCAACUCUGUUUGGCACCGACAUCGAGUCGUUCAAGGAGGGGUUUUCUCACCUUCCAGCAGUGAUUGGAGCGCCUGUUUGCAUGUUGAUGAUUAUUUCGGUCUUGGUAUGGGUUGCAGGUUGGCCGGCGAUGAUGGGUGUGAUCGCAACAGCGGUUUUUAUUAUUUUACAAAGCCUGGUCAUCAAGGCGUCUCAGUAUUACCGUGCCAGGACAGUUCCCGUGACGGACACGCGCAUCACGCUCAUCAGUCAGAUCAUCCGGGGUAUUCGCACCAUCAAGAUGCACGCGUGGGAGAAGCCCUAUUAUCAAGCUGUGCACAAGAUAAGAAAAUCUGAGAUGCACCUUCUAGCCAAAAAGUACAGCCUUACUGCACUCUUUGAGGCGUUCUACUGCUCCACCAUCCCAACACUGUGCGUUAUGCUCUGCUACAUCUUCACCGACAGACGUUUAGACCAGGCCGUCAUCUUCACGGUGUUUGCCUACUUUAGCCAUCUGAGAAUGGUUGCAAAUUACAUCUAUGCUUUUGCAAUGCAAAAGGUGACAGAUAGUGUAGUUUCCAUGUGGAGGAUCGAAGCCUUUUUAAUCGAUGAUAGAGUCGAAGAUGACAACCAGUCAAUGAAUCCGAAUCCCCUUAACAUCGAGAGCUUCAAUGGAAAGGGUUAUCAAGAUUUCGAAAAAGUCAAGUUACCGGUUAUUCGUGUUUCACAGAAAGGCAUCACCAGUUACGCGGGCGAUUUAAAGAUUCUCCAAGACAUCGAACUUGACGUGUCUGGCUCUUGUCUUGUCGUUGUGGUAGGUCCAGUUGGUUCAGGAAAAUCCACGCUUCUAUCCACCAUUUGUGGUUUGGAGCCGGGCUUUGUAGGCUUUUUAGAAAGAAGAGGAACUAUUGCCCACGUUCCACAGGUACCCUGGAUAUUUCAAGGAACAAUUCAGGAGAAUAUAACAUUCAAUGCCCAAUACGAUGCUACAAAAUACGAGAGGGUUGUUGACGCAUGUGAUCUCACGGUGGAUUUAAUGACAUUUCCUAACGGCGACUUGUCAGAGAUUGGCGAGCGCGGUGUUGCUCUGAGCGGUGGUCAGCGGGCUCGUGUCAGUUUGGCACGCGCGCUGUACCUGGAUGCAGAUAUUUAUGUUCUAGAUGACCCUCUAAGCGCACUGGAUUUCAAAGUGAGAAGACGCGUCUUUCAACGGUGCAUUUGCGAGCUGCUAAGAGACAAACUUUGUAUUCUUGUGACACAUGACUUAGGCUGUAUCGAGAAAGCCGAUAAAGUUGUUAUCAUGGAGGGAGGAAAAAUAGUCAAGCAGAGUAUUUACAAGGAAUAUAUAGAUACUCAAGAAAGGAGAAUGACUCAAGACAAGGGCAAGGAUGGUGAUUGCGGUGAUGAUGAUGAUGACAAUGGUCAUGAUGUUGAUUUUGAUAGUGAUGGCGGUGAUGAUGUUCGUGGUGAAGGUUAUGGUGGAGAUAAUGAUGAUAUUGAUUGUUAUUAUAAUGUAUGUGUAGCGGUGGGCGAUAAUGAUGGCAUCGAUAGUGGCGAUAAAACGAAGAAAGCUGUAGGAGGGGAGAAUAUGUCCACGUUAACUGAAAAGAGGGAUAUUGGGACAGUCGUGUGGCGUACAUACUGGGCAUACCUUCGCGGUGGAAUCUCUGUGCCGGUCAUUAUCUUACUUGGACUCUUCGCUUGCCUCACUCCAGUUUUGGGCGUGGCCCCUAACUGGGUGCUUGCACGGUGGGCCCACUUGUCGUGGUCCAAUCCCGACCAGCACUGGAUCAUCAUCACCUACAUACUCCUGACUGCCAUAGCGGAUAUCUGUCGCUACACUCUCGUCGCUGCCGCGUGUAUAACCGUUCUUCUCUGCAACUCAAGACAUCACAACAAAAUGGCAGAAUCCCUGCUGCACGCCCUUGUCCAGUUCUUUGACAGAACUCCUACUGGAAUAAUAAUCAAUCGCUUUUCUGCCGAUGUCGGUCGGAUCGAUAAUGAGCUGCCUAUGAAGUUUAGUUUUCUAGUUGUUGGACUCGAUAUUGUGGUAUAUACCAUUGUCCCUAUAUUUGCAAACUAUUGGCUUGCAAUUGUGGUCAUUCUUCCACUUUUCCUAUUUGUUUAUUACGGAGUAAGGUUUCAAAGAGCUCUCUGUGAAUCUACGAGGCUCGAAUCACUUGCCCGGUCCCCUGUCUUUUCCCACAUCGAUAAUACUCUUGAGGGGCUGAACACUAUCCAUUUGCACGGCGCCAGCGACGUAUUCAUCAACAAGAUGUACAGGUUUCAGGACAACCUUUCUAGGACACGCUACACGGCGAGGCAAAUGAUCUUUUGGCUGCAGAUGCGCGUGUUAAACAUUGGAAUCAUGUUCCUGCUUGGUUCCAGCCUCGUCAUCGUCUUACUUUCCACGUCUGUGGGUUUUGUGGGAAUGGCAAUAUCGUAUGUAGACAUCAUGUUGAUUGAAGUACCGUACUUUCUCAAAGCCUUUGGAGAUUUACAAAGCACGAUGACUUCAGUGCAAAGAAUACUAGAAUACUGCGGGCUCAAGCCUGAACUGGCCUAUCAUAUCAAAGAAAAGCCACCACGUGACUGGCCUCACUAUGGGGCUUUGACCUUCAGUCACGUGUCUCUGCAAUAUUAUAGCGGCGGACCUCGGGUCUUGAAGGAUGUUUCAUUUAGCAUCGAGCCUCGGCAGAAAUUCGGCAUCGUGGGGAGGACUGGCGCUGGCAAGUCGUCCAUUGUAGCCUCGCUAAUGCGCAUGCCUGAAGCUACAUUCGGGAUACUCAUUGAUGAUGUUGACAUUCGCGGGCUCAAUCUUCAGUCUACAAGAGAAGUUGUUUCAGUGAUUCAGCAGAGUCCGGUGAUGUUUUGCGGCUCCAUCAGAAAUAACCUCGACCCACUGGACAUGUACACGGAUGACGAGAUCUGGAUUGCUUUACAUGACGCUCAACUUGGGUCUCUGGUGACGAGUUUAGAUGGAAAACUUGAAUAUCAUAUUCAAGAGGGCGGCUCAAACUUUAGCGUUGGUGAACGACAGCUGUUUUCACUUGCGAGAGCGCUGCUGCACAAGAACAAGAUUAUUGUGAUGGACGAGGCGACGGCUAAUGUGGACCCACAGACGGAUCACAUAAUCCAGACCACCAUCCGAGACAAGUUCAAGGACUGCACCGUGCUCACCAUUGCUCACCGACUCAACACCAUCAUGGACUGUGACUGCAUCAUGGUGCUACACGAUGGACAAGUGGUGGAGAUGGGCACCCCUCAGGAGCUGAUGGGAAAAGCUGACGGCUGGCUCGCUCAACUAUGGCAACAUUCAGACUAAUGGUAUACCUGUGACGAUGUUCCAUAGGCAGUCCAUGAAUAUUGGCACCCCUCAGGCACUGAUGGGAAAAGCUGAUGGCUGGCUCGCUCAACUAUGGCAGCAUUCACAUUAACGGGAUACCUGUGGCAAUGUCAAAACAGACAGAACGGAGAUGGACACCCCUCUGGAAAUAAUAAAAAAAUAGUGACAAAACUACUCUUGGAAAAAAACACUCGUGACAACCACUCGUGACAACCACUCGUGACAACCCUCGUGACAAAACCCCUCGUGACAACCCUCGUGACAACCCUCGUGACAACCACUCGUGACAACCCUCGUGACACACUCGUGACAACCACUCGUGACAACCACUCGUGACAACCCUCGUGACAACAACUCGUGACAACCCUCGUGACAACCUUCGUGACAACCACUCGUGACAACCACUCGUGACAACCCUCGUGACAACCCUCGUGUCACCCUCGUGACAACCACUCGCAACAACCACUCAUGACAAUCACUUGUGACAGCCACUCGUGCCAACCACUCGUGACACCCUCGUGACAACCCUCCAUGAAGACCACAAGCGUCUGUAAUAUUAUAUUCGUAACAAUAAUUAUCGUUGAUAACUUGAGGCCGUUUCCAAUUCACUUACCAGACAAAUAAGUACAAUAUAACUCAACGCUUGACAAUAAACUGUAGUGUAACAAUGAUAUUGUUCUGUUUUACACAAUUAAAGGUUUGUUUUUUGCA